UAACCAGGCAACUUCAUCCCGUCCAGAACCUAAAACCUGGUGAAAAUCAUCAAAGCUGAAUCCGUGUCACAGGUUUUGCGCUGCGAUGGGAAGGAUGUAGUCUUGAUUUAAUGGACUGUCCCCGGCAUGGAAAAGUGGAUUACGGUGGUGUGUGAAAGCUGUGGAGCUCAGAUACAGCCAGAUCACGUUUGGAUUUUAAUGAUGCAUCCUAUGGAAGCUGUACCAUCAAGCACCAGUUUAAAGCUAUUGCAGGGCGUGCUGGAGAUGCAGCGUCGAGGCUAGAAGCAGUGGGCGAGUGAGAGCGAGGCAGCAGGAAAGCCCCUCUGGAUGAGCCAGCUACAGGCACCCAGCCACACUGUACAGGAAUAACCACUUAAUAUGUCAACAGAGGCCGAGCUCCAGCCUGCCGCCAGACCCAGCGUCAGAAAGGAUUCCAGGAGGAGAGGGCAGGACCGCAGUGAGGCAGUUUUGAUAAAGCGAUUUAAGGGGGAUGGUGUCCGCUACAAGGCCAAGCUCAUCGGCAUUGAUGAGGUCACCGCCGCAAGAGGAGACAAGCUCUGUCAGGACUCGAUGAUAAAGCUAAAGGGAAUUGCAGCUUCGGCGCGCUCGAAAGGAGAACACAAGCAGAAAGUCUUUCUUACCGUCUCCUUUAGCGGGAUCAAAAUCUUCGAUGAGAAGUCAGGGGUUCUUCAGCACCACCAUGCAGUUCAUGAAAUUUCCUACAUCGCCAAGGACAUUACAGACCACCGGGCUUUUGGCUACGUAUGUGGCAAAGAGGGCAACCACCGAUUUGUGGCCAUUAAAACUGCUCAGUCUGCUGAGCCUGUGAUCCUUGAUCUGCGUGAUCUUUUCCAGCUGAUCUUUGAGAUCAAACAGAGGGAAGAGAUUGAGAAGAAGGCUCAGAAGGACAAACAGUGUGAACAAGCGGUUUACCAGACAAUUCUGGAAGAAGAUGUGGAGGAUCCGGUGUACCAGUACAUUGUGUUUGAGGCGGGACACGAGUCCAUCCGUGACCAAUCAGAGGAGAGCAUUUAUCAGGUUCCUACCAGCCAACAAAAGGAGGGAGUGUAUGACGUCCCAAAGCGACAUCCAAAUGGAUUUACUGAUGAGAAAGAUCUACUGGAAUUCAACACUGAACUAGACAUGGUUCCACAGAAUAUCCACCAGUUAGAGCUGUUUGGAGACAUGUCUACACCUCCUGAUAUCACAUCCCCAUCAACCCCCGCUUCUCCAGCUAACUCGCUAGACCCAUCGCUGGCUCACCUGCACCCGUCAGAACUGUUUGCUCCAUUCAGCCCUGCCUCUGUGCCCUCAGGUUAUGUGACGAUGGGAGCCAUACCCCCAGGCUGGGCACAGCAGCAGUUUGCAGCCCAGUCACCACUGGCGUUCGGGGUACAGUCACCAGUUCCCAUGGCGCAAAUGUUACCCGGUGGGCAGCCGUUAAUCUGGGGCCAGGCAAACUUGUUUUCCGCCACACAGCAGCAAUGGGCAGCCAUGGCGGGAGCCCACUUCUCGCCAGCAGCAUUCAUUCCUGCACAGACGAUGGGGCCGCUACCAGCCGCCAUGUUCCAGACGUUAGCGCCCAUGGCUAUGGCGGCCUCCUGCGAGGUGCCUACGGUGGGCGUGCCUGGGGCGGGACCAGUGCCAGGCACGUCAGCUUCCACCGCCACCAGUCCGCAGCACGGGGAACGCACGCUGCCAGGCCAGGCCAAGAUGAGCAAGGAGAUGUUCAAGGACUUCCAGAUGGCCAAACCACCAGCAGCGGGCACUCGCAAGAGUGAACAGCACAGCCUGGCAUGCACAACGGACGCCUUCACCACCUAUUUUAGCCGUGUAGGCUUGGCGCAGGACAAUGACGACUGUGAUGACUUUGAUAUCUCGCAGAUGAACCUGACUCCCGUUACCUCCACCACACCCUCCACCAAUUCACCACCCACCCCAGCUCCUCAUCAAAGCUCCCCAUCCAAGUCGCCGUCACAAGCCAGUGACCCUCCCACUGAUGACUCGUUUGGAGAGGUAGAGGGAAGUCCCAGUCGCAGCGGCGAGGAGGACACUGCUGGGGACUCACAGUCUCCGUGUACGAGUGAACCUCACGAGGAGCUCGGUGGUUCCGAACCGGCUAGCUCCGAGCCGGGCGGUUCUGAUCCGGGUGGCUCUGAGACGGACAGUGCUCAGGUCGGUAGCUAGAUAGCGGCAGGUCAGGGGGAAGGACCCUCUCUACGCCAAGAUCUUUAAAGAGAAAAAGUGAAGGAUCAUGGGAACUCUGCACACAAUCUACAACCAGGCUCGGGGGAGGAGGAGGUCAAACCCUAAAUCUGCUUUCAGUGUUUGUGUGUGUGUGUGUGUGUGAGAGAAAGAGAGAGUAUGAGAAUGGAUGGAUUCAGAUAUCACCUGUGACAAAUCACUGGAGACUUCAUGGCCUUUAUUCACCUCUGGAUCUCUAAGAACCACUGACCUCUAUCUUCCACCUAUUGCUCCUUCUCAUUCUACCACACUGUGUUCCUGUCACUUAUGAACUGAAAGUAGAAUGAUGUGAUAAUGAUGAUCAUGAAGAAGCUUCUUUACACCUCUCAUCGCCUUUCCUUCGUUUUUCAUACUAUAUGGGUCACUCUUUCAUUCUAUUCCUCUCAACAUGUUGUUUAGCCAUAAAUAUCGAACUAUACCCGUGUAUGAUGGGUGCAAACUGAAAGGUGAUUCACUGGAGUACACACACACACACACACACACACACACACACACACACAAGUGCAAAGUGAAGAAUUUACUCAGUCGUGAUCCUGCCUAAUCCCAGCCUCCAUACUGUCAUCUCUCUGUAGUCCAGGCCAGCGCAAUCGAUUACAGAGUAAUCCAUUCGGAUCUAUCCACAGGAUUAUGUGCUUUAUCUAUUUCAAAUGUUUGGUUUUUCUCCCCCUUCUAUUUGAGUUUCUGCUGCUAAGGAGCUAUGCAGGAACAAAAAUUAAGACCUUCAAGUAGAGAUCUUACUCAUGGAGUGACUUUGCCAAAAUCUCUCUCCUUCUCUCUCUGUUCGUCUGUUUCCGGGAAAGACUUGAGAAGCUCAUUCAGAUGGAAAGGACCACAAUAAAUAAACGGACUUUGCUGAAACAAGCUGAAUCAGUGAUCGAACUGUUCCUUCUCUAUAGCUUUUGUACAAUACUAAUGAGAAAAAAAAAAUCAAAAAUCAAACCCUGACAUUAAAAAUGGAAUUUUAAUUUUGUAAGUCAGCGGAGCCCCUGAGGCUGACUCAAGGUGUGUUUUUGAGUCAAGGUAAUCAUGGCUUUAAGGC